UUCCUUCACUCUUCUGCUCAGAAUCGUCAGACCAAGAACACACACGGAAGAGAGCGAAAUGGAGCGCCGAUGGUUCCCAUCAGCGCUAUGGUUCACAGUUCUGCUGAUUCUGAUGAUCAACGGCUGUAAUGCUUCAAUCCACGAGUACAGAAACGAAGGCUUCACUCCUCAGUCAAACGCCUUCUUCUUCCACGGUGGCAGCGAAGGCCUCUACGCUUCUAGAGUCGUCGAUUCCUCUUCUCCUUCUUCUUCGGAUAGCCACGUCAAGGGAAAGUCCUUCAUCAGGUUUGAGAGUGUGACAUUUGUGAGGCCAAAGGAGUCGGCGAGUAAGCAGAAUGAAAUGCAGGAGAGUACUGGUAUGGUGGAAGCUAUUAUUCUCGAGGUGAAGGACAGGACAAGGAUUGGGGCUUCGUUUCUCAAGUCGAAUGUGAUAUGCUGCACUAGGAAUCUUUCGAAAGAUGGACAAUGCACGGCUGGAGAGGUGGUUAUGCAGAAGAAUCCGGACAAUCCGGACUGGCCUAAGCGCAUCAAGACGUCCUUUAAUGGAAAGGAUGAGGAGGCGAAGAUGGAGUCUGAGACGGUGGAGAUCACGAAAUCCGGGAUGUAUUACCUGUAUUUUAUGUUCUGUAAUCCGGAGCUGAAGGGCACGCUGAUUAAAGGAAGGACUGAUUGGAGAAAUCCAGAUGGUUAUUUGCCGGGGAAGAUGGCUCCUUUGAUGACAUUUUAUGGCUUAAUGUCUUUAGUUUACCUUGUGUUUGGCCUUGCAUGGUUUCUGAGGUUUGUUCAGUAUUGGAAGGAUGUUAUACAAUUGCACUACCAUAUCACAGCGGUGAUUGCUCUUGGAAUGUGUGAAAUGGCUGUUUGGUACUUUGAGUAUGUCAACUUCAAUUCGACUGGAACCAGGCCUAUGGGCAUUACACUGUGGGCAGUAACCUUUAGCUCUGUCAAGAAGACACUCUCUCGUAUGCUUCUGUUAGUAGUUUCAAUGGGAUUUGGUGUGGUGAAGCCUACACUUGGUGGAAUAACCCCAAAAUUAUGUUUGCUUGGCGGGGUCUAUUUUAUGGCAUCAGAAGCGCUCGAGCUUGUUGAACAUUUGGGUAAUAUCAAUGAUUAUUCUGGAAAGGCAAAGUUAUUUCUGGUCUUACCAGUUGCCUUCUUGGAUUCAUGCUUCAUUCUGUGGAUUUUCUCUUCUUUAUCUAACACUCUGGAGAAGCUUCAGAUCAGGAGAAACAUGGCUAAGUUGGAGCUAUAUCGAAAAUUUACCAACUCUCUUGCAGUCUCUGUGCUUCUAUCAGUUGCCUGGAUUGGGUUUGAGCUAUAUUUCAAUGCAACCGAUCCAUUGAGCGAGCUUUGGCAAAUCGCCUGGGUGAUUCCUGCAUUUUGGACUCUGCUUGCCUUUUCUCUCUUGACGGUGAUAUGUGUCCUCUGGGCUCCAUCAAGUAACCCUACUAGAUAUGCGUACUCAGAGGAGACAGGAGACGACUUUGAUGAGGAGGGCGUCUCUUUAACUAGUGGUGCUCUGAAGGUGAGUGGAGACACAGCAGCAAUGCGAGAAUUUAACACCGGGCUUGCGGAAGAUCUUGAGGAGGAUAAGCGAGAAUAGAGAUGUAAUCUUGCCCCGUGGAGCUUGAUUAUGUGAUAAUGGAGCUUCAAUGUCAUAUCCUGGGGGUGCUGUAAAUCUUAAUACACGAUCCAUGUUGUAUUAUGUAGCGAGAGAGAGAGAGAGAGAGAGAGAGAGAGAGAGAAUAGGUGAAUAGUUGUGGUACAAACAUAUGCGAAGACUAGUUACUGCUGUACUGUAACUGUCGGAUCACUAGUUACAAGUAAAUUAACAGCUGUACGGUAAAUGUCUGAUCAGCUUCAGUUCAAGCAAAAGAACGAAAAUAUUUCUAAUUUUAUGGUUAUCCAUUUUCAUGUUCUGCUCCUA